AUGUUGCCAUCCUGGUUGGAUUGCGUAAAACAUCUGUUGCAGUCAUGGACGGGUUUUCAGUUGGCGGUUGUUAUGCAGUGCGGUGGCUCAAUGACAAAUGAAAAAGCAAAUUGGUUUGCUGAGGUUAUUGCUGAUUAUGUAACAAAAAUGGCCGACGAUUUAUGUGAAGCUGAUUUAAUCGACUGGAUUAGUACAAUAUUUAACGACGAUUUUGAUUUGAUUUUAGAGCAUAUUUCAAAUUUUUUAUUUUUGAAGGAUGGCAGUGAUCAGUGGUUCGCAUCUUCCAUUUUAAAAUGUAAUCAGUGGUAUAGGAAGAAAGACUUUGCAACUUUGAAUUCUUUCAUGUGCUCUCUUCCAUCUGUUAGCACUAUUUCCGCAGCAGUUAAUCAGAGCAAUAUAAAAAAUUCUGAUGAUGACUGUGAUAAUUAUAAUGAUGAUGGUAAUUGUGACGAUGAUUCUGGUGAUGGCGGUUGUGGUAAUCAUUCAGAAAAUGUUAAUGAAUUAUCAAAUAAUGGGAUUAGAUUAGAGCGAAGGCAUCGCAGAAUGGAAGUCGAUGACGAAGGUUGGACAACUAUUACAUAUCGAUAG